UGAACAAUUGUUUCGGAAGAUUUAACCAAACAAAAAUAAAUUACGAAAAUAAAAAUUUGCUUGACCAGGCGCAAUAACGGGAAAUAAACAAUUAACUGCUGGUAAUGGUGUGAGUGAAAAUGGCAAAACGGUUGAAAAGAACAGGAAACGAUUGAGAAAAAUAGAAAUACAUUUGUAGGUGAUUUUUCGUAGAAAGCGAAAAAACAGUAAAUAAAUAAAAACAACGAAAAGCACAUUUGAAAUUAAAUAAAAGUAAAAAGUGAGCUCCAUUGAAAUUCGAAACGAAAAAAAAUUAGCAAAACAAAAAGUCACUGGUAAAAACGCCAAGCGUAUGUUGUAAUUGUUUAUAAGCAAUUAAAAAAAUCAUUCGCCACUUAUUUGAGGUUUUAUUUGAAUUUCGUAGCAGUGGUUGCGUUUGUGUACAAAAUAAAAUAAAACGCCGCCGUGCAGAGUGAGCGCGAAGAAUUUGAUAACUUGGAUUUAUGGCUGUGCACUACUACUUUGCAUAAAGAAUAAAAAUUAAAAAUAAAAAAACAAAAACAAAAUAAAUUUGAAUUAGCUAGUCACAUUUAAAACAGCGAACAAUUUUAAUUGCUAACGAGGCUACAAACCCCGCUCAAUUCCAUCAGAUAAUACAUGAAACUCGCAACAGACUAUCCGCAGUGCAUCAGCCAAACAAAUAUUCGCCAAACAAGAAGACGUAGAAUUGCCUACGUCUAGAAUUGCUAGUCUCAUCCGAGUAGGGUUAUUACACUAAAAAAUAUUAGUUAUCGAGCGAAAACAACAAAAAAAAAUAAUAUGCCAUUCUCCGACUUAUUUAAUAGCUGUCAACCGGUACAGUUGUAUAUCGUGUUGACGAUGUCCAGCUCUUAUUUCAUCGUUCAAUUGGCGCUGAGCCACAUAACACACGCGCUAACCCUGCUAAUGGCGUCCUAUCACAUGUUAUGCAACAUUUUUGCGCUUAUUGGCUGCAUAGUAACAAUUAAGCACAGCCGAAAACGUGAUGACUUCGAAAUGUCUGGUGGCAGUGUCAGCAGUUUACCCAAUGGGCCGAAUAAGGACCAAAUUAUCGUGAUUAAUAUGUCGGGACCUCAUUCAGCCUCAGCAACACGUCAGCGGCGUGAAAUGAAGUUGCGUAAUACAUUCGGCUGGACCCGCAUCGAUAUAUUGACCAUGCUGAUCGUUUUUAUAAUACUCGCAUCCCUCUCGUUCUCGUUAGUCGUAGAGGCGCUGCAGACGCUUGUACACAUUGAUCAUCAAGAUACAAUGCACUUGCCAGUUACUGUAAUGAUACUUGGAUUUGUGGGGCUUAUCUUGAAUGGAUUAACGUAUCUGCUGAUCGGUGGCUAUACAAUGCACCAGGGUAGCUUUUUACAUGUGACACCUAGUGGGGAUGUGGUUUUGGACCGCGUACUAUCAACUAGUGGGGAAUUAGAAGCCGACGAGCGACAACUAUCAAAACCGGACAAAGCGAACAGAGAAAUUGAUCGGCAGCUAAAGAAUGAUCUCAAAGCAGAUAUCGGACGCAUACACUAUAUACCAAAACGGCAAGGAGCUGUGGAGAUGUUGCGCGAUGUGUCGAGCACAAUAUUCGUUAUAGUGUGUGCAUUAAUUGUGAAUAUGGCGGAGGACGAAGAGCAUACAGCCAAAUUUAUAGAUCCCGUGUUGUCGAUAUUUUCAUGUGUACUACUAGUCUCCCUCAGCUAUCCUUAUAUGAAACAGUCUUGCCUAAUCCUGCUGCAAACAAUUCCCGGUUCCAUUGAUAUGGAGGACUUCGAGCGUACAAUGGUUACGCAAUUUCCUGAAAUAGUUAGCUACCAUGAUCUGCACAUCUGGCAAUUAUCGGCCCAUAAAUCAGUUGCUACCGUACACAUAAUGUUCGAAAAUCCACAACUUUAUACAAAAAUUAUUGACGAUGUACGCGCGUUUUUCCAUGAUCGCGGCAUUACUGAAAUCACAAUACAACCGGAAUUUCAAAGCCCGAAAUCGCCAUCUAUAGAGUGUUUGAUGCAGUGUAGCGCACUAGAUUGCUUGGAUAAAGUAUGUUGUAAAGAUUCUCGUACUGAUCUACGUGAGGUGAUCAGCGCAUCCCCCAAUGGUGGCAGCGAUACUCAACUUCACAAGCAUAGCAGUACUGAUGAUAAAGCCGAGCCUGCUAAACCUGUUGAUGUGAAAUAUUUAGAUGCCAAAGAAAUUGAAAAUAAUGCCGAAAAGCCAGCAACACCAAACAUGCAAGAAGUUACAGAAAAUAAAUCGGAGAGUAUUGAAGAAAAUGUAAUGGCAAAGAAUAAAGCAGCCGAGGGGACGAGCGGAACAGAUUCUAGUGAACAUAAUUUGGCGACCACAGAGGAGAUGCAUAGUACCGAAGAAAAGUCUGAGAAGUCGACUGAAAGAAAGUACAUGGAGGUAGCCAUGCCAAAUGAGAUGGAUAAAACCAGUUGAUACAGUUGGAAUAUACAAAUAUUGUUAUUGAAUCGAUCAUGCUUUUAUUUUGAGCUAUGACUGCUACCAAAUAUGUAGUUUUCGUAUAGUUUAUUAAGAGUUUUAGUACUAAUAUUGACUAUGCACUUUGUGUGUAUAUAUUUAAGUGGUUACAUACAGAAGUAUGCAUGCAGAUACAGCGACUCAAAAUUAUAAUGGGACAGUAUGAAUUUACAAAUUUCCACCUUAGCACUAAAGUAACUAAAAAGAAGAAGAAAGAGUAUAUUUAUUUCAAGAAGUAUAUUCGAUAUAGACUUAUUAUAAGCAAUAAGUCGAAAUAAAAUAUUGCAUUAUAUAAAGCGACUUAACAA